AUGGCAGAAUCAGAGCCAUUUAUUAAAUUUCCGUCUCGAAGAUCUGUAGUGUUCGGUACUCAUGCAAUGGUGGCAUGUAGUCAACCUCUAGCAUGUCAAGCAGGUUUAGAUAUAUUAAAAAAGGGUGGAAAUGCUGCGGAUGCUGCUGUUGCAGUUGAGCCGUCAUCAACAGGAAUAGGCGGAGAUUGUUUUUGCCUUUUUUAUAAUGCAAAGACCAAGAAAGUCGAAGGUUUGAAUGGAUCAGGAAGAUCACCCGCUAAACUUACUUUAGAAUAUGUUCGUAAUGUUCUUGGUAUUGUUGAAAAUAACAUACCAUCAUUAAAUAUCAAUGCUGCGACUGUUCCCGGAGCUGUUGCAGGAUGGGUUGACACUAUUAAUUGGUUUGGGAGUGGAGAUUUAAAACUUGCUGAAAUCUUACAGCCUGCAAUUGAUUUAGCUGAAAAUGGUUAUCCUGUAUCAGAAAUAAGUGCUCAAAUG